AUGGAGCUAUCGAAAGUUUUUUAUCUGUGGACAGUGCUAACUUUUUUAGUGCUACAUUGUGUGAUGGUUGGCACGGAGCAGAGUCCUUUUGAACUGCCCGUCCAAUUAGUUGGUUUUCCAUUCAUAAUAAUGGCUGUACGAGUUACUUCUUUCCUCAAGAAACUGUCGUACGCCCUCGAUCCAGCAACGUACCGCUCCAGGAACAGACGUCAACUUACUUUUGCAAGCGAUCCAGAGAAUUAUGACGUUCUAGAUGUGGAAAAAUAUAUCGUUGGUGAAUUCGGCGCCCGCGCAUGUGUUUUUGAGAGAGUGUGCGCACACUAUGCGGCAAGGGCCAGGAUUCAACCGAAGCCUCAAAUGGACUGGCCAGAUGUUUUUAGCCAGUACAAACGUUCUCCUGACCAGGCCAAAGAGUUGUACCUUCUCAGCGUGUUCCUAGGAGAUAUCGUGGGGUCACCGCAACUUUGUCAUCAGCUUGGCAAGCGGCGGGGCUGCGAUGACUCCUUACUUAGAUAG